CUCUUACUCGCUUGCUGUCUUCGCUCUUGUUUGAGUCUUCCAGGUUCAGUUCCAGGUGCCAACAUGUCAUUCAUCCAUGCCUUCCUUGAGCAGCUUUCCUAUCAGGGCAUGCAGGAUUUGCAGGACAUCACAGAGGGACAGGGGACAGUGAAGCCCUAUCCUCAGUUUAAUGCAGCUGCAGAUGUAGCUGUUUUGGACAAAGCUAUCAAGGCAAAAGGUGUGGAUGAGGCCACAAUCAUUGAAACUCUGGUCCACAGGAGCAAUGCCCAACGCCAGCAAAUUAAGGCUGCCUAUCAGCAAGCCUCUGGCAAGCCUCUGGAUGUGGCUUUGAAAGCUGCUCUUAAAGGUGAGCUGGAAGAAGUGGUUUUGGCUCUGUUGAUGCCUCCAGCACAAUAUGAUGCUUUUCUGCUGAAAAAUGCCAUGAAGGGUUUAGGCACGGAUGAAGAAACACUUGUUGAGAUUUUGGCUUCCAGGACCAAUAAAGAGAUCAGAAAUCUUAAAGAGGCUUACAAACAUGACUACAAAAAAGAUCUAGAGGCAGACAUCAAGUCUGAGACCGGUGGAGACUUCAGGAACGCUCUUCUCUCUCUAAGCAAGGCUUGCAAAAGUGAAGACCAUGUUGUGCAAGAGGACCUGGCUGACAAAGAUGCCAGGGCCUUAUAUGAGGCAGGAGAAAAAAGAAAAGGCACAGACUGCUCUGUGUUCAUCGACAUUCUUACUACGAGGAGUGGUCCUCACCUGCGACAAGUGUUCAGUCUGUACUCAAAGUACAGUAAGGUGGACGUUGCGAAGGCCAUUGAUCUGGAGUUGAAGGGUGACAUUGAAAAUUGCUUGAUUGCUGUCGUAAAAUGUGCAGGAUGCAAACCUGCAUUCUUUGCUGACAAACUAAAUCUAGCAAUGAAGGGUUCUGGUUACAAGGGCAAGAUCUUGAACAGAAUACUGGUGAGCCGCUCUGAGAUUGACCUGGCCAAAAUCAAGCAAGAGUAUCAGAAGAAGUUUGGCAAGUCCCUCUACAAAGACAUCCUGGAUGACACAAAAGGAGACUAAGAGAAAAUCCUGCUGGCCUUGUGUGGCAAUUAAUUGGUGCCAAUAACGAAUGAAUGCAGAUGAUGAUUGUUCAUCAGUAUAAAAAUGAUAUAUGCCAUGUAAACAUACAUUUACAUUUUUUGAUAAAUAAAUAAAAAAAUUCUGUGUGUAUGUUCUAAAA